AGAUGGUGAAGAAUCUGAGGAAGGAGGAGCCAAGAGACCACCUUUAAGAGAUGAUCUCUUCUCUGCUCCUGAAACACAACCGGGCUCUCUUGGUAGCCAGUCAGAAAAUACUGACAGUGUCAACACUGUGUUAGAUAUGAGUCGUGGGGAGGUGCAGGGUUGUGAAACAGAAGCAGUAGGCACACCUAUGCUGUCCACACCAUUAACCCUGGAGCCAGCCAUGAGUCAGCCUCACCACAAACCAAAUUUUGUUAUAGGAGGUCCCAUUAGCCCAAGAGGAAAAUUCAGGCAGUUUCAAAACACGGUAAGAGGCAGAAUGCAGGAUGUUAAAGCAUCCCUAGAAAUUCAGCCUGGAUUGAAUCUAGGAGUUCAUGUUGACCGUGAGCAGUUUCUUAGUCAGCCUCCACUGUAUGCUCCUACCACACCAGUCUGUGAACAGGAAGUGUCUCUCGCAUCCAUGAUAUCAGUUGAAACUAACCAUCCAGAUUCAUCAGAUCGAGUUACAUCUCCUUCAGUUUUAUCAGUAUCAAGUGCUGCCUCAAGCAAAAGACUGGAAUGGGACUCUGGGGCUGACGUUGGCUAUGCAGGCAACACACCAGAACAAAUGACAGCAUCCUUGAGUACUCUAGAGAGGAUUGCUAUUGGAAACUAUGCAUCUGUGUUAAGAACAGAACCUGAAGGGACAACCCAAGUGAAAGAAAAACUAAAGAAUUCUAAGAAGAAUUACAAAGCAAGUGGAGCGAAAGGUGGUGGAAGCCUUAUGAGUGUUAAGCGCAACAUUCCUGAGGUUGUGGGUUCAUUGCCUACUCGAUCACUUAGAGUCCCACAGAUUCGUGAAAGAAAACUUGUCUCUUCUAGUGAUGAGGAAUUUGACAGCAGACGGACAAGUCCCUCUCAAAGUCCAAGACGGAAGCCAAGAAGACGGUCAUCUCUUGCUGUUGCCAAAGAUAAUGAUAUUCAAGCAAAGAGAAAUAGUGGGGGACAGUUAACUCAUGGGAGAAUUAGGGAAAUUAUGGGGGAGAUCAAUAAUGAAGGUAAAUCCAGCAGUCUUGUUGAGUUGAACCAAACAAACAAAAACACUGUGGAAUGUAGAAGAAGUAAUAGCCAACAGUCACUUUCUGUCACUAAUGCUAGAAAGGAAGAUGAUGCCAAUAUUGUGUCCAGGAUGAAUAGUACCUAUGUGCGAUCAAUUCCUGUAGCUACAGGAAUAUCAAGAAGCACUGUAGCCAACAUAUGUGCUAAUACUUCCACAAGUACAAGCACACUGGUCCAGAGCAUGUCACCUUUACCUGUACAAGGGGUUUAUGCUAGCACUAGCAGUACCUUAGUAGAAGGAGCAUCUCAAGCAUGUUCAAGGUCAGAAUUAGUGACAAAUAAAUCAUCUGAUGAAGAAGUCUAUUCAUCUCAGUCGUCAAUACAUCAGCUUAAGGACAAAGCUGGUCUUGUAAAUCUCCAGAGAAGAUCUUGUGUAUCCAGUGGCAAUGAUAUCAGCUCGAAGUCACAAGAGAGUUCAGACUUGGAAACUCCAUCAGACAUGAAAGAUACAGAUAUUGAUAGUUGCAAUUCUCUCCAGCUAUCAGAUGAUAUGCCCGUUAAUCUAAAGGCCAAAAAGAACAGCAGAAAUGCGAGAAAUCAUGGAAACAUUAGCAGACCAACUGGAAGCACUUCUGAGCCAAGGUGUAAGAGCAAGGAUAGUAAAAGUGACACCAAUAUCCUUGUAGCAAAAGGACACAAAGAAGUUCAGGAUUCUUCUGAGUCUGUCUUAGAGAGUCAGGUAUCACUGCAAUCCUCAAACAAUUCCCUGCAGGCUCUAUCUGCCAAGCUAAAAAAACGAAUUCAGGUACUCCUUGACCAGGGUACAAUGAAGAAAGUCCAGGAUUACAACAAGCUACAAGACUAUAUCGAAUUCAUUGGCAUACCUUCAACCAAUGAGGAAGAAUGUCGCCUGAAGCAUGGUGUUGCUGGGGUCAUCACCAGAAUGUUUGGGGAAAUUGAAGCAGAUGACACGGACACCUCAAACACGUUCAACUCUGAGACAUCUGAGACACCAACAACUGACUCGCAUGCCAGUGAAAACUUAACCCAGAGUCAAAGCAACACAGACUUUCCUCCAGUUGAUGAAAGUCAGCCAACCGAAGAGCCAGGAUCUUUUCCGUGCAAAUCUACAAGUGAAAAGGAUGAAGGCCAAGAGCGAUCAGUCACACCAGGGGGAACAAUUACACUCAGAGCUUACCAUCCUCCAUCUGCAUCCCGCACUUAUUUCAUGGCAGUUUCGAGAGAGUGCGAUGAGGGGCUGGUUCAAGGGGAACGCACAGUGACACCCGAGAGUGGCCCUUCGUCUCUGCAAGUAUUUGCCCAGGGGAUAGACUUCCACCGAGGGCAGGCAGAAGGCCAAAGGGAGGACACAGAAACCGGAAUUCCAUCUUUGUCGCCAAGGUCUUGGCAGCAGGCAGACAGGAGCUAUCCCGACACGGUGGACAGCUAUAGGAAAGAUGGUACAUCAACACCUAAUCUGCAGGACAGAGGAAUCGAAGACUCCAGGUCAUUUUCUGAAAGUGCAACUUUACCUCCGGAUUGGGGGCUUGGGAUAAGGAGAAGCCAAACUGUGUCUUCAGGGGCUGUUACAUCAGAUGAGUGUUCACCUCGUCAUGUUGGUCGCUGGUCCGUUUUGGACAGGAGGUCCAGUUGGCAUGAGGAAGAUAUGAAUGGAAGAUUUAAAAGCACAGAUGACUGGAAGACUGCUACCACACGCUCUGAGCGGCUUUACAAAGACAGACGAGGCACUCUCCAUGUUGCCAAUCAGCCCCCAGGCUACAUGGAUGACCGAGACAGCCACCCAAGUGAGUCCACAUCUGAACACGAACAUCACCAACGCCGCAGCAAUGACACCGAGUCCCAUGAUGAUGGAAGGAGAGGUGCAGCCAGGCCGUGGACCAGCUCAGGUUCAGAGAGCGCUUAUGAGACAAUACGCGAGAGGCACAGACACGUUGAUGAAGCACUGGCCUCUAGCUUUGAGUUUUACUCCACCUCACCUAGGGAUGCUAGACUGCUAGGCUACAUGUCAAGUGAUGCAGCUAAAGAUGAGGAAGCAGAUGAGGUAGAUGAACCAGUUCAGGAUGAGUCUCAGGCAGACCAGAUGUUGAGUGCUGCUUCAAGUGAGCAGUUGUCAACAGGCAGACCAGUUCCCUCAAAGAAGAGGGUUUUACGGCAACAGCACACAGAAGAGCAGAACUCCACACUUUCCAGUCAUACAGAUGCAAAUGACGUAAGCAGUCAAGUCUCAUUCAUCCAGUUGCAAAAGCAGAAGUAUGUGAAGAGGAUACAGCGCCAUAUUCAUACCUUGGAGAAGCUGGAGAGGGCUCUGAUGGAACAGCUGGGGGACAGCAUAGGAUCAGAGAACAGCUUCAGGAGAUGCGUGACUGAAGGCCGCUCACAAACAGAAUCAGAUACAAAUGUCAGGUCUCAGACUCGUGAUAUCCUUGGGCAAUCAGAAACUGCAACAAGCAGCAUCGUAUCGAGUGACUAUAGCGAUGAGGUGAUGGAGAAGUGCAACCGCUUAAAACGAAGAAUGAAGGCAAAUUCAUCCCACAGCAGGAGUAGCGAGAGUCAAGCAGGACAAGAGAGUCGGUCACAAUCAUCUGGAAAAAAAUCUGAGAGCACAAAGUCGGCCACAGGCUUCAACAGCCUGGGUCAGUCUUACAUGUCUUCACCCCGGGUUGCGCAAAGCCAGAUGGGCUCUGACUUGGCAAGUUCUCGAGCCUCAACACUGAAGCGCAUCGAGAAAGAAGUGAAAAAACUUGCCAUUACAGAGGAGAAGUCUCGCCAGUCAUUCCCUAAAGGGCAGAGGAAGCCUUCAGCAAAGUCAAGCUUGAAGGAAGGCAUCCAUUUACAGAAUGCCAUGAGGAAAAUGCCGAGGGAAGAACCAAGGGGAGAGGAAGGACCAAAGAAAUCUCAAGUCAAGAGCACCAGGGAGAUUUCAGAUGAUAAUCUGUCCGUUCAGGCCAUAAAGUUUGGUGGCAGCACUCCAGAUGAUGGUAGACAUCUUACAGAUAAAAGGUCCAAGAUUCAGAAAGGGAAAACGGAAGUGAUAUCAGAUAAACAGUCUACAGAUCGAACUAUUUCUGAUAGCCAUUUUUUACGUCAAGGUGAUGGAAGGGAAGCAAGGGAUGGUAGUCAGAUGAUAAAAAUGCCCGCAGUGCUAUACAAAAAAAACAAUGGUAGGCUUCGAGUAGACUCACCACCAGUUCGAGACAUCCCAAGGUUAGACACAAAGAAAAUUACAAAAUUGCAUGACUUUGGUCAGAUGUUCCCAAGUGUAGAAAGUUUUUUAACUGAUGAUGACAACAGACACAGUUGUAAUGAAGAUGGAAGAAGUGUAGGGAUACAAACUGGAGAAUCACUCUUAUGCUUGGCAAAAAGUCCUGUUGAUACUACUAUGUCACAUGAGCUCUCUAAAACAGUUGAUAUAUUGCAUCAGAAAGAUGUUACAAAGUCUGAAAGCAAGAUGCAUGAAAGAAAUCAAACAAAGGAUAAGCAAAUAUCAAGGCCAAGCUCUGGGAAUGGAAGAGACAAACAUGAAAAUAUACAGAGAGAGAAUGAUGCAGUAAUUAAUAAUAAUGAUAGAUAUUUGAACAAGCAGAUUGAUCCUCAAGAGGGAGAGUCUGAGGAUCAACCGCUCGUGCUAAAGCAGAUCACAAGAAGAGGACAAGUUGGACAUAAAGACAAAACACUGUUAAGUUCUGCACCAUCCUCCAGGCCUGAUUCAGGUGGAGAAAAAGAGAGACUGAGUAGUAACAGUGAAAGCAGAGAAAGGCAGAAAUUUAAUGAAGAUCCAAAAACAGAGAGACAGAGUAGUAAUGGUAAAAAUAGAGAAAAUCAAAUCCAAGAUCCAAAAACUUCAAGUAGACAGGUGAUAGGAGAUAGCCAUCCAAGCUACAGAAUGGAUAAGCUUGAAAUCAAUAUAUCAAGCUGUAGGGAAGAUGCCAAGAAACAUUUUAGUGAUGGUACAACUACAAGAUAUCAGAGGACACAGGCUUCAAGACAAGAAAUAAACAUUAAUAAGGAUAAACAACCCUCUUCAAGGCCAGUCUCAGCCAAAGCAGAAUCCAAGCAAAGGAUGGCUUUAGAUGCAGAUGUUGUACCAGAUGAAAUAAAGAGUAACAUGCAAUUGAAGAGAUCUGGAAACCAAACAGAGUCCUCCUUGUCUUCCCAGCAUGACCUUAAUGAUGACUCUGGUAAGGAGUGCAGUGGUCCCAGUGACCAAAGACAUGGUUAUAUUGGUAAUAAGGAGUGUCAAAAGGCAGGACGAGAAACCUUGAAAUCUUCCUCAGAGGAGUCGCUCAUUGUGCUAAGGGAUAAAACUCAAGGCUCAGCAUCACACGUAUCAUCAACUCAAAGCGGAGAUUCUAAUCAACUCAGGAGUUGCCAUGAUCAGUCAUUUCAUAGUGAGGAUGGCAUCCCACUUCCUGUUGUGAAUAAUUAUGUUAGAGAGAAACAGAAGAUUAUUGAUAACCAAGAGUCUUUUGCAAUGAAAGGAAUGAGAAAACAAAGAAACAGCCAACAAAAUGAGGAGUAUAGAAUGCCUGUUCAGUUUGAUGUAUCUGUAGGCAACAAAGAAAAUUACCUGAGAAAGGAAACACCAGCGAAGAAUCUUAUCAUUGCGCCUCCAAUUACACCAUUAGUGGAGAAAUCUAGAAAAGAUAUGACUUUACAGGAAGCUUUAGCAAGAGCUCGACCAGGAUAUGUCCAAGGGGCUGAUGAUCGUAGAGCCAUGAUACGCCUCAAGCAGGAAAUGAGACGGGAAGCACAAAAUCACAACCACAAGGUAGUGGCACAGCUGCCGACCAAUCUUCAGACACCCUCAACGCUUCAGCGUUUUCUGUAUAAGCCAGAUAUAGCACCAAUAUUUUCUUACAAGGACAUUCGCAAACAAAACCAGAGAAUCUACCAAUUGCUCCCUGAAGCAAGUCAUCCAGGAGUAAAGCAGUUUCGCAAAGCACAGAGUCAGACCAAUAGACUCAUGGCUGGCCUCUAUAGUCAGAAACUGAAGAAGAAGGUGCUGAAAGGUCAAGUAUCACAUGCCCACAAAGACAUCCUAACGCCCCCUUCACACUGCUAUAAGAGAUAAAACUCCAGUAACAAGAUCGGAAUGGGGUGGCCAAAGACAUCACCAGUAGAAUCAAGGGUGCCACUGAAUCUCAAGAAAUUUUUAGAUUUACCUUAAAUAUUAUUUGUAAUGCAUGUAGGUUAUUGGAAGGAAUGUUAAUAUGUUUUGAGUUUCUUACUGUUUUAAUGGAAAGGUGCUUUUUAUCUCAAACCAGAACUGCUGUGCAAAGGAUG